AUGAAAAAUCUUAAAUCAAUGCUUCAGUUCAGCCAUUGGAGGCCUCAAAAGAGGGCCAGUUCAACAAAGCAUUGCUAUCAAAAGGUCCUUGAGGUGUGGUGCAAUGCUGAUGUUGUAUGCUUUGACAUGGAUAGUACAGUAUGCCUAGAUGAGGGCAUUGAUGAACUUGUUGAGUUUUGCGGUGCUGGAAAGGCUGUUGCAGAAUGGACUGCUAGGGCAAUGAGUGGAUCUAUUCCUUUUGAGGAUGCCUUGGCUGCAAGAUUGUCUCUGUUUAAUCCUUCAAUAGCACAAGUCCAAGAUUUCCUUGAAAAGAGACCUCCAAGUAUGUAUUUUCCCGUUGACCACAUUUUUGCCAAUCAACUUCUUUUCGGAAGUGCUGGAGAGUUUUUGGGGUUUGAUACAGAUGAGCCAACGUCUAGGAGUGGAGGAAAAGCUAUUGCUGUUCAGCAGAUAAGGAAGGCUAAUGGAUAUAAAUCGCUGGUCAUGAUUGGAGAUGGUGCAACUGAUCUUGUGGCUCGCAAACCAGGAGGUGCCGACUUAUUUAUAUGCUAUGCUGGGGUUCAGCUUCGAGAAGCUGUUGCAGCUAAAGCUGAUUGGCUGGUGUUCAAUUUUAAGGACUUGAUUGAUAGCCUGGAGUAGCAUGCACCCAUUUUUCUUGAUUGAUACCUUUUUUCUGUUUCCUUUUGGGUGGUGGUUCUCUUUCUUUCCCUUUACUAUUAUUGAUUUUUUGGGGGUACUAGAGUUCUAUGGGUUAUAACUACCAUGCUUCCAAAAAUCUUCUGCAUCAGUAUAUGUAUUCUUUGACUAACAUUUUAUGUAUGUAAUUUGUGAAAAUGACAGUCCUCAGGCACUUGCCCUCAAUAAGCAACUUGAAAGCCUUGUUGAUGUCAUCAAGUUUGACCUCAUGAGUGACAAACAAAUCCAGCUGAAGUUCACGGAUGUGUGUUCAAAGAUUUAAGCAAAA